AUGUAUCUUGGUGUGUCAAACAACAAUCUGGCUUCUACAACACUGUCUUUCUUCCGUGAGGCAGUUCAGAAGUUUGGAUUUCCACUGAGGGUUCGGGGCGAUCAUAAUGCAGAUGUGGCCUGCCUUAUGUUCUCUGUCCGGGGAACAGGGAGAAGUAGCUUCAUUGCGGGUAAAAGUGUUCAUAAUCAAAGAAUUGAGCGAUUGUGGCGGGAUGUGUUCACUGCGGUUACCUCCCACUUUUACCACGUUCUGCACCAACUGGAAGAGAAUGGGCAUCUUGAUCUGUCCAGUAGUCUUCACAUCUUCUGCUGUCACUAUGCCUUCAUCCCAUGGCUCCAAGCCCAUCUCAAUAUAUUUAGAGAUGGAUGGGACAACCACCCUCUUUCAUCAGAGGGCAACCUCUCUCCUAAUCAGCUGUGGCAACUGGGGCAGCAGUACCACUCUGAAGAGUGUGAUGAGAUUCUACAGAUUCCACAAAUAGACUGGGAAAGCAGCGGUCUUAUCCCCAGUGACACAAGUUCUGCCAUCCAGGUUCCUGAAAUUGAAUGUCCACUGAGUUCAGAGGAACUUAAUGAACUAAAGGCUGCUGUGGACCCAGUACAGCCAUCAGAAAAUUUUGGGGCAGAUGUUUACAUUGCUACACUGCAGUGCAUGCAUAGCAUUGGCUACAUGUAA